CAAUUGAUAAGAAAUUAAUUAAACUAGCAAAAUGUUAUGUAAAGAAUUUUACCAUUGAUUGCGAUAAAAAUUUAAAUUAUGUAAUCUCUAGUGAAUCGGUUGAAAACGUCUACGAAUUAUUACUACAUGCUACACAUAUUUCCAUCGAUUGAUUAAUAAUAAUUUUUAAACAUAUACUUCAUUACUCCAGUUUUUAACAUCGUCGACAAAAAUAUUUCAGACGCUAGCAGUAAAAACGAUACAUCAAGAGCAAGCAUGAGGUUUUAAAUUUAGCAGUAGAUACGUAACGACAAUGUUCUUUAUCUCUCUGAAUGUCGAAAUUCCUGAUAAUCGGAUUUUAAACUCAGCAUGCUAACAAAUAUUAUCGCAGCAUCAUCCACGUCUUUUAUUACGUGUAAUAACUCAAUUCGAAUAAGCAAUAUCAGUGAAUAUCGGGAUACGCAAACAUUCAGAAAUUUUGUUGAUAAUUUAGUAGGAGGCCGAGAAUCUUAUCGCAGAGAGUGAAACAAACCGCAUGUAUAUACGCCUAGAUUUUCGAAGUCGUCGCACGCUAGCUGCAAGCUCUACAGUCUUUACUUUAUGGAUAGGAUUUUUCGGCUGCUCUUCAGUCGUGACUCGUCUUACAUACAUAUAUAUAUAUAUAUAUCAUAUAACACGUGCGUUUGCGGACGAAGCAUCAGCUGUAGUUCUGUUGCUAAAGAAGUUGUUUCUAAUUGAAAUUUGAAAAUGUCAUCUCUCGAUAAUGUGCAGAACAGUAGAGUACAAACUAUGGAUACAGAAAGAAUGAAAAAUUUAAAGGAUGGAGUUAUUGAUUUUGUUGCUGGAUCAUUAGGAGUGGCACUAGUUUAUGUUGGUCAACCAUUAGACACAGUUAAAGUAAAGAUGCAGACUUUUCCAAUUUUAUACAGGGGGAUGGUAGAUUGUUUCAUGAAAACAUUAAAAACAGAUGGAGUAGCAAGAGGGUUGUAUGCGGGAACAGUGCCAUCUGUGGUGGCAAAUGUGGCUGAAAAUUCAAUAUUAUUUGCAGCUUAUGGUGGCUGUCAAAAAGUUGUGGCUAGUGCUGUUGGUGUUUCGAAAGUGGAAGACUUGAGUUCAAUUGGAAAUGCUUGGGCUGGAUUUUUUGCAGCAUUUUUUUCAUCUCUCACCUUGUGUCCAACUGAAUUGAUAAAAUGUAAACUGCAAGCCAUGAGAGAAGUACAAAAUCAACAAAUAGCUAAAGGAGCCAAAGUGGAAUUUAUUGGUCCCUGGACAUUGACAAGACAAAUCUUAAAAGAAUCUGGUAUUCCCGGUUUAUUCAGAGGACUAACAUCGACGAUAGCUCGUGAAAUGCCUGGAUAUUUCUUUUUUUUUGGGGGAUACGAAUUAACAAGAGAACUGUUAGCUAAACCUGGUCAAAGUAGAGACGAAAUUGGUUGGCAAAAGACAAUGGUUGCUGGAGCAGUCGGUGGUAGUAUACUCUGGCUUGUUAUUUUCCCUGCUGACGUUGUUAAGAGUCGUAUCCAAGUUCAAAAUUUAAGGACGCCUGCCAUAGUAAUCGCCAAAGAGAUUGUAAAAAAAGAAGGAGUAAGUGCCCUGUACAAUGGCCUAAAACCUACACUAAUUAGGACAGUGCCGGCAACGGCUACUCUGUUUCUUACCUACGAAUAUGUGAAAAAGUUCAUACACCAAGUAAUGGAUUAACACUUGUCCUGUCUAUAUAAAGUAGUGAAUUCAUUGUUAUUCUUUAUUCAAUUUCAUUUGUGACGAAAGAUUUUUUCCGGUAUGCAUUUUGUGUAUGUGAUAUACCUCCACAAACAUUCGAUGUAAUAGAUUUAAGAUUACAAUAAUAUCAUUCUUCACUGAUCAUAGCUUGAAACAAUACAAAUAUAAAUAUAUUUUUUAUGUUCAGAAUUUUAUAAAUAAUGUAAAUAAUCGAAUGAAAUAACGAUAACUAAAGGCUACUUUAUUUUAUGUGAUUGUUGUAUGAUACAAAGAACACUGAUUAACGUGAUAUAUCCAUUUUUUCAAAAAAUAACUUGAAAACAAAUGAAAAUAUAAAAAACUAAAUAUCUGUCAAAAGUGUCAUUAGAC